UUUUCAUAGUAAUCAGUAAGUUUUUCCUCCAAGAUCGUAAAGUAAUUUUUGAAAAAGUUAAAAUCGGUUUAAUAGCUUAAAAAAUCGCAUAAAUUAGUACAAAUUACGGACAACUCGCGCACAAAAAUCGAAUUACGUGUGUUUAAAGUGUUAUCAGUGUAUUUGGACAAAAUACGUAAAGCGUGUGCAUUCGCAAACCCAAAGAAAAAACGUCAUCUUUGUCGAAUUGAUUCGCUGGCGACCACAACGACAUUCGCAACAAGAGAAAAAAGAAAUUAAAAAAUAAUCAUAUAAAUGACAAGUGGUUGAUUUUGGUUUACUUUUUGCAACUGUUUCCAACGCUAUUAUAAAAAGAAAAUAAAAUUGUAAAAGUGUCAGCAGUAAUACUAUAAAAAACAGCCUAAAUAAGACGCAGACAAACAAGGUUAGUGCGAAUUGGAAAGUUGUAUAUCUGUGCGAACCUCUACAUUGAAUAAUAAUGUUAAAAUAGUAUGAACAGCGUUGUGAGCAGCACAGCGCCAAGUACAACGAGCUUCAUUGACCCGAAUGGCACAGCAGCAGCCGCCAUCGCAGUUGCCGCAUCGACGAUGACCGAAUCGACCACGCUGAAACCGAGUAUCGUUGUACAAGCCAAACCAAUGCCGUCACCAAUUGAUCCGCUCAGUCACGUUGGUGAUGGAAUCUUCCUGCAAACAAAAACCGCCCAAGGACUUGCGACCGUCUUCGUGUGGGUGGCACUAUUUAUCACAUGCCAACAGAUUUAUCAACAUCUGCGUUGGUACACAAAUCCACAGGAGCAGCGCUGGAUAGUGCGCAUCCUGUUUAUUGUGCCCAUGUAUGCGACAUACUCUUGGAUCAGUUUGUUUUUCUUCAAUUCGGAUAAUGUGUAUGUGUACUUCUUUACCGUGCGCGAUUGCUACGAAGCUUUUGUCAUCUACAGUUUCCUGUCGCUGUGCUAUGAGUACCUUGGUGGCGAGGGCAAUAUCAUGUCCGAGAUACGCGGCAAACCCAUCAAGAGCUCGUGUCUGUAUGGCACCUGCUGUCUGAAGGGCAAGACGUAUACAAUCGGUUUCCUGCGCUUUUGCAAGCAAGCCACAUUGCAAUUCUGCUUGGUGAAGCCGCUGGUGGCAUUCAUUAUUAUAUUCCUGCAAGCCUUUGGCCACUACCAUGAUGGUGAUUGGAGUGCAAACGGUGGCUACAUUUACAUUACAGUUAUCUAUAAUAUAUCCGUGUCUCUUGCCCUCUACGGUCUAUAUUUAUUCUACUUCGCUACGCGUGAUUUACUCACACCGUUCGAGCCUGUCUUGAAAUUUUGUACAAUCAAAUCGGUUAUCUUCUUAUCGUUUUGGCAAGGUGUUAUGUUGGCCAUUUUGGAAAAGGCCAAGGUCAUCUCGCCAAUUGUGGACAGCGUCGGCACUGUCACUUCAGCUGGUACUGUUUCGGCGGGCUAUCAAAACUUCUUCAUUUGCAUUGAAAUGUUGUUUGCUGCGAUUGCCUUGCGCUAUGCAUUCCCCUAUCAGGUUUAUGCGCGCAGCUGUAUUGCCGAUGGUCAAGGUCGCUCUGUUACCAUGCAAUCAAUUUCAAGCAGUCUUAAAGAAACUAUGAAUCCCAAGGAUAUUAUGACAGAUGCUAUACACAAUUUCCAUCCACAAUACCAACAGUACACGCAAUACAGUUCCGGUGGUAAAAAUUCGCGUGGUAUACGCGUCUCCUCCUACGAUCCGGACGAACCGAAUGCCACACAUCACGGCAAUAGCAACAACACAGGCGGCAAUAGCGGCACAAUGAGCAGUUUGGGCAACACCAGCCAAGGCACACCAGGUGGCAGCAUCGCCGGCUGCAUCGCAUCGAAAACCUUGGGCAAUCAACGGAAAUUCAUGCCCGGCGGCCAACGGGUCGCCACCAUCAGCCAGAACUAUAACGAGAAGACGAUGCUGCUGAGCAGCGAUGAUGAGUACCAGUAAACGAGGCCGGAUCGUGGUGUCGUCGAGAAGUGAGUAAUGGAAGCGAGCCGCCCUAACAGCACUUUUUAAAUACAAUAAGAACUCACUGAUUACACCGAAGCAACAGGUGGAAGAACCGUUUAGGCUUUGGACGUGUGUUGGCGUUUUGAUUGUAAUCUUCUUAAUUUGCUGUUUAUUUUGAGUUUUUGAUGUGAAAUUGUUGCCAGAAAUUAGCUACGAUUGCCGUAAUAGUGGCUGUAGGUGAAUUUUAUAGAAAAGUAGAAGAAUAUUGUUUUUGUUUUUGCAAAUAUAGGGCUUUGUAAAAAUUAAUUUUUAAUUUUUAUUGCGCAAUUAAUUUUUGUAUUUCUAUCAAAAGUGUGUAGUAUCAGUACAAAUAAUUACGAUUAUGUAUAGAGGAAAACGUUUUAAAUGCCAGACAGAGCAGCUAAGGUGCUAUUUAUAGAUUUCAUAACAUUUUUACUAGAAAAUAUGCAAUUUUAUGCCACAUUUUCCAUUUGUUGAACCAUAAGUGAGGUUAUGUUAUUACCUUUUAUUUAUAACUGAUUUAGUUACAUUAUUUAUUACAAAUUGCUAAUGCAGAACUGAACUGCCGUUGUUUACUUUGUGCUUUUAGCAAAUCUCAGUCGCACAGAUACUUAUGUAAUUAUUGUAUGUAUGUAUGUAUACAUAAGCUAGCAAAAUAUGUAAUCCUUUGAGGUGAACUUGGCGCGCUUCUCUACAGCAAAACCAACAAAUGUCCAAAAUUGUUUCUAUUAUUAUAACAUUAUUAACAACAAAUAUUAUGUAAUAUUAUUAAUGUACGUCGUAUGUAUGUACAAUCAUAAAGCACGCAUCCGUCGUUCGGUGGUCGUGUGUGAGUGUGUAUUUUAAAAUAAAAUUAUAUUGCAAAUGAAAAUAAAUACAAAUCCACAAUCCACAAUAUGUAUGCUUUGCAUUAGAAUUUUAAGCGAAUUACGGAUUGUAAUAUUCAACAAAGUAGUGGCAGGGGCAGAGUACACUGUGGGUACUUGUAGAGAGUGACAAGUUGUAUUUGAGUAGAAGAGGAGAGCGGAAACGGUUAGAUAUAAGAACUUUUCAAAAAUCUAGA